GGCGCUGAAAGCACGUCUCCCCUCUUUCCAGAGGGAAGUCAGGUCAGUACCUGGUCGGUAACGUAUUUUUGAUCAAAGGUGGGAGGUUUUUGGAUGAUCGGUCAACUGGAUUUUCCGCUUGUAUCUGACGAUAUUUGGAUUAUUAUAUUUCACACGUUCCCAUAUCAUAAACUACAAUGCCACGAGGAAAGUUCGUGAACCACAAAGGCAGAAACCGUCAUUUUACGAGCCCGGAGGAACUCGAGGAGCAACGACGCCAGGAGGAGAAGAAGCAGCAGUGGAGAAAGAAUAAAGGACAGGAAAGUUCCAGUGAAGAAGAAGAUGAUGAAGAACCUAAAGCCAGUGGAGCCAAUAGGUCAAAAAAUCUUAGUGCAACAGAUAGUGAGAAUGAAUCAGAGUCAGACUCAGAAACAGAGGGAGGAAAAGCUAAAGGUGUAGAGAAUCUAAUCCAAGUAGAAAAUCCAAACAGGGUACAAAAAAAAACAAAAAAAUUGUCUCAACUGAAUCAAUCAUUCGAUGCAAAACCAGAACUAUCACGAAGAGAGAGAGAGCAACUUGAGAAACAAAGAGCGUUUGCAAAUUAUCAAAAGUUACAUGCGGCUGGUAAAACAGAAGAAGCUCGGGCAGACCUUGCGCGAUUAGCCAUAAUUAAACAGCAGAGGGAAGAGGCAGCAAAACGACGAGAAGAGGAGAAGAAACAAAAGGAGCAGGCGCAACAGAGGAAGACCGAACUCACGCAGAAGGCACUGGGAAAAAAGUCCUAGAACGCACAGAGGGACUAAUUACAAGAAUUGAUCAUGCAAUAUUAAUAUCCCAACGUCGAUUCCUGUACCGACGGGAUACUAUUAAAGAUUGACGAUCUUGUGGAAAUUCUACUCUACAAGAUGGUCCCGAAUUAGAUAUUUCCAUCCGGAAAAAAAAACGAUCAUGAUACUAGUGUAUAAUUAUUCUUAAAUCUUUUUGGUAAUCCAAAAUUUUAAUCAAGACCGACGAUUUUUUAAUAGUACCUCGUCGAUGGUAUCUCAUUGAUUUUCGUCUAUCGGUAGACGCGAUUAACUGGUUCGUACGUUUGCUAUAAGAUGAGUAUGAUGAGCGAAUGAAUAACGAAUUCGAGCUUUCACUGGAAGAUUUAAAAGUUUCAGAUACAGACCAAAUUUGAUUAACGGACAUCGAUCUAAUUUGUGUGCGUUUAAUAAAGUGGUAUAUUAAAACGAAUUCUUGCGAACGAAUUUUAUGGAUGCGAAUGUUCAUUGUACGUUACAUAUAUAUAUAUAACAAUUUAUAUAUAUGUGUAUGUGUGUGUGUGUGUGUGUACACACACACAUACACUACAUUCACAUGCACACGUACAUAAACCAGACGUAAUCCAUUUGUACAAAUCGUUAUAUCGCUUAACUCUUUCAGCACGAAUGUCGAAUUUAGUCGAGUGCAAAUGUUCAAUGAAAAUAUAGAAAAACAUUAAUACAAAUUCAGAUAUGUGAACAUUUACAUUUGCUGUUUAUUCGUUGUUCAUUUGCUAAAUGUGUGCUUAUCUAUAAGUUUUAUAGCACGUUGAUAAUUGUUUAUAUAAAGACAAUUAUUUGCAAUUACAUUAUUAAUAUUAAAUCCAACCUAUAGUAUA